AUGAUAGCUCAAAGCACCCCCUUUACGGCUGCACCAUUCCGUUCGUGGAUUGUGCAGGGACAGCAGCAUCGCGUUCUCUCUGCCUGCAGCUAUGGACACAGCAGCAGCUGCAGCAGUAGCAACAACCGCGGAUUUAGCACCGAAUCCCGCAUAGUAUACCUCAACAGCAGCACGAAGAGGCGCAGCGUGGUGCAUGCAUCAGCAGACCUUGCUCCUCUCUUUCUCAUCCCUCGUCUGAGGCAGCAGCAGCCGCUCCUGCAUUCCCUGCCAACCAACAGCAGCAGCAACAGCGCGGCAGACUUCAUUCCUUCUCCGCUGUCUAUACACUUGAAGCACCUGAUUGAAAGGAGACGAGCAGUCAAGCGCAGUAAACACCACCCACAGCCGCUACCUGUGCCACCCCUUCCAGCUUCUGCACCGCCUCGAAGUGUUGCGUGCGGGAUUCCCCCCCUUCCUCAGACUGCAGGUGUUGCUGCUGCUGCUGUAGGUCAGCAGCAGCUGCACCAGCAGCAGCUAGAUCAACUGCAAGACACACAGCUGCUGCAGCUUACCGGUGGGCCUCCGCCUGAGGGCCUUGGGGUGGCAGGUAGAGAUGUUGUGUCUCUCAGCUGUGACCCAGCAGAAGCAGAUGCUGUCUCCCCAUCCUUUGCUGAUGCUGCAUCCAUUGAAGCCGUUGCUGCUGCUGCUCUAGCCCGCUGGCAGGAAGCAACAGCAGCAGCAGCAACGACCGGCUCAGCAGCGGCAGCAGCAGCAGCAGAAAGGGAUGAUAGGCCUUUCUGGCAGGGCCUCUGCGACCGCAUUUUUUACUCAAGGGAUUUGCUGCCGGUGUCAUCUCUUGCUGCGCUGCUCCGUCUCAUUUGCUGCAGAUAUACUCCAACGACAGCAGCAGCAGCGCCUUUCUUUUUGCAGCACUUUGCCCCACCGCAGCAGCAGCAGCAGAUGGAGAGCAGUACACAGCAGCAGCAGCAACAGAGGCCGCUGCACCAGCAGCGGCUGCCGUCUCAGAGGCCAGUUCCUGCGUCUCUGCUGUUGCCCCUAACGCGGGAAUUCAUUGAUGACGUGCACUGUCUGUCUGCUGCUGCAGCAGCAGACCUGGCUGCGGUCUUCGCCGUUAGCAACUGCUGCAGCAUCGAGUUGCUGCAGCUGCUAGUUCGGCGCAGCAUUGACACGUGGCUACUGCCAGAGCAGCAGCUAGAGCAGCAGCGGCAACAACUGCAGCAGCAGCAGCUGCAGCUGCAGCAGCUGUUCGCUAUACAGCCAGAGGCAGUCAGCUGCUUCUCCCCCCAGGAGUUUGCUGUCUUCUGCUCCGCUCUGCAUCACUUGCUUCAGCAGGCCCAGCCACUGCACGAAAAGCGAGCCCAGAAGCAGCAGCAGGAGACGCUGCUGCACCUUCUAUCCCUUCCCGAGUUCCUCAGCAGCGCCGCUGCUUUCCUGCUGCGAUGCAGCCCACAGAAGAACUGCCUGCAGCAGCAGGCCGCACUGGGGAGCCUUGCAGGACUUGCUGCUGAUGCACUGCAGCAACAGCAGCGCCAUCAGCAGCAGCAGCACGAGCAGCUGCUGCAGCUGGGCAAAGCCAGCAUCGAGCUGCUGAAGGCUGCUGAUGCAUUUAUUCCGUGGAAAGAUGAAGCAGCAGCAGCAGCAGCAGCCUCAUUUUCAAGUGCAGCAUCAACAAGUGCAUCAACAGCAGCACAUAGCGCCAAGGAAACCGCGCGACUAAUGAGCCUUAUUUCCAAAACAUUUGCUGGUGGGCCUUCCCAGCUCCAGCGGCAAGAAGCAACUGAACAGCAGCAGGAACUGCAGCACGAGGAAGGGCAAAAGGAGAACCCUAACGAAUCCCUGAAUGGGGGAGAGAAUCGAGCGAAGGGAACUCGAGCUGAUGAGGCGCUGCAGCAGCAGCCUGGCGCCGCUGCACUGCAGUUUUUGCUGCAGUACACUAGAGACCAGUUACUGCGACUGCAGUCUUUGCUGCAGCAGAAGCAGCAGCAGCAGGAACGAGAUCAGCCCCCAGCUAAGUCGGCCGCAACGGCAGCCUCUGCAGCAACUGGUGCUGUCACAGAUCGCCUGCAGUAUGUGCUAUUAAACCCUUGGGAGGUCCCUACUGCUGAGACGCUGCAGCUGAUGGCAUCUGUGGCUGCAGCAACAGCAGCAGCAGCAACUGUGCUGCUGCAGCCGUUGCUGGUGGAGCGGUCUCGGAAGAACGCACAGCAUUCGCUGCAGCAACGGUAUCAGCAGUUGCUGCUACAGCUGCUGCGGGCGAUAGGGGUUGGAGCAGUAGACGCAGCAGCGCCCGCGGCUCCGCUGCUGCAGGCAACAGCAGCGAGGCUCAUGGCAUGUGUGGGUCUUAUAAUGUCAGCAGCGGGGGCUUCUCUCUUGCCAGCUGCUACUGAUGCGUGCAGAGCUCUUUUGCUGCUGCAUCUGCUGCCUUCGGAUGAACAAAAGCUGCAGCGUCCAGCGGCUAUGAAGGCAAGCGCUGAAGUUGCACUCAUGGAGGAGGUGGGGAGACGCUUCGCGGACUUGACAGCGCAGGAGAAGGAAAUUGUCAGCCUGGCAGUCUCCGCCAUCUGCAUAAAGGACCCAUAUCUUCGCCAUUACUGUCGGGCGUACGGCAGGCCGCUGCAGCAGCGUCUUGCUGCCCUUGCCGCAAAUCGAAACAAACUUGCAUCACGCCGUGCAGCAGUAGUGUGUGCUGCCGCACCGUCUGCAGCGGCUGCGCCUGCUGCAGCAGCAACGGCAGCACAAGAGUGA